CCAUCAACACUUCGCCCUUGUCUCCGCCUUCUGAGAUUUCCUCGUCCCUCCUAUACGCUCCCUUUACCCCCUUUCCGACCUUCGCAGUCUUAUUGAAGCGCUCAUUUGUCGACAAUGGUCCGAAAUAUUUGCGUCAUUGGUGGUACCUCCCACCCACACUUGACUCAGCAGAUUUGCAGCGUUCUGGGGAUACCCCCUGCGGACGUCCUUCUCUCGAAGUUCGCUGUGGGCGAAACCAGAGUCGAAGUCAAGGAGUCGGUCCGUGGGAAAGAUGUCUACAUUAUCCAAUCGGGCGGUGGAAAGGUCAAUGACAUGUUGCUGGAACUGCUUAUUACCAUUUCCGCUUGCAAAACCGCAUCCGCUAACCGUGUGACUGCGGUUCUCCCAUUGUUCCCUUACUCCCGUCAGAGCGAUAUUCCCUACAACAAAUCCGGGGCUCCCCUCGCCAAAGCUCCGCCUGCUGGCAAGCCAGGCUCCAGCAAUGGCUUCACCUUCGAGAGUACCCCACCAACCCCACUCCCCGGUGGCAAUGGGACAAACAACGCUGAAAGUUUGCAAAAGGGCCUUGCCAAAGCUCAAUUAGAGGAGCUCAAUAACAAGCGCCCCGGAUACAGGCAAUGGGUUGCGCAGGCGGGUACCUUGGUCGCGGACCUGCUUACUUGCGCUGGAGCAGAUCACAUCAUCACCAUGGACCUACAUGAUCCUCAGUACCAGGGAUUCUUCGACAUUCCCGUUGACAACCUGUACGGGAGACCGCUUCUCAAGAGCUACAUUGCGCAGAACAUUCCCAACUACAAGCAAGCCGUCAUUGUCAGUCCGGAUGCGGGUGGCGCCAAGCGCGCUACUGCGAUCGCAGACUCGAUGGGUAUUGACUUUGCUUUGAUUCAUAAGGAACGCCGCCCAACAAAGAUCACAGACCGCCAAAAUGCGACCAUGAUGCUUGUCGGCGACGUACGGGAUCGCACAGCUAUCCUCGUCGACGACCUCGCAGACACCUCCAACACCAUCACCCGCGCCGCCAAGCUCGUCAAGAAGGAAGGCGCCGCUCAAGUCAUCGCCCUGAUCACGCACGGAAUCCUGAGCGGAGAUGCCAUUGACCGCAUCAACGCCAGCGCCCUCGAUAAGGUUGUCGUGACCAACAGCGUCGACCAAUCAGAACACUUGCGCCGAUGCCCCAAGCUGGAAGUUCUGGAAGUUGGUCAUGUUUUUGCCGAGGCCAUUCGCCGUGUUCACCACGGUGAGAGUAUCAGUGUACUCUUCCAGUACGAUUGAUUUGAUUUAAUUUAUUUCGAUUCGAUAUACCGGUGAUCUUUUGCGAAUGAAUGAUUUGGAACGAUUUAUUUUCGGUUUUGGCAAACAAAAAGCAAAAAUACUCUUUUAAUGAUUUAAAGGUCAUAUAUGAAGACAACAGGAAACAGAAAAUCUUUUUGACAUAGAUUAAGAUCAUGUUCAAACUAUUCUGGCAUAGCUUGCUAUCUGAUUUGGUUAACGCUAUGAAUGAAAACAAUUGACUAUCUAGCAAAACAGUCUAGAAUUUCAAUCUAAGCCAUCGAACGAUAUUUCAAAAGA